CUCGUAAGUGCUCCGGGUAGAAACUGGUGCAGGGGGCAGUGGCGUUCCGCGGUCGGAAGGGAUGGGGGAGGAGCCGAGGCUGCGCGCCGGCUGCUCCUCCCCACCCCCAGCCUCUGCCCUGAAGGGGGCUGGAUGGGCAAGUCGGACGCGAUGGCUCGAGCUCGGGCGGUGGCGGCUGUGGCCGGAGGCGGCGGUGCCUCCUCCUCCUCGCCCCGGCGCCGGCGGUGAUCGGAGCGAGCUGCCGCGGCCCCCGAUGAGACUGCUGGUGGGCUGGCUGUGCCUGAGCCUGGCGUCCGUGUGGCUGGCGCAGAGGAUGUGGACGCUGCGGAGCCCGCUCACCCGCUCCCUGUACGUGAACAUGACAAGCGGCCCGGGCGGGCCGGCGACGGCCGCGGGCGGCAGGAAGGAGAACGACCAGUGGUAUGUGUGCAACAGAGAGAAAUUAUGCGAAUCACUCCAGGCUGUCUUUGUUCAGAGUUACCUUGAUCAAGGAACACAGAUCUUCUUAAACAACAGCAUUGAGAAAUCGGGCUGGCUAUUUAUCCAAUUAUAUCAUUCUUUUGUGUCAUCUGUUUUUAGCCUGUUUAUGUCUAGAACAUCUAUCAAUGGGUUGCUAGGAAGAGGCUCAAUGUUUGUGUUUUCACCAGAUCAAUUUCAGAGACUGCUUAAAAUUAAUCCAGACUGGAAAACCCACAGACUUCUUGAUUUAGGUGCUGGAGAUGGAGAAGUCACAAAAAUCAUGAGCCCUCAUUUUGAAGAAAUCUAUGCCACUGAGCUUUCUGAAACUAUGAUAUGGCAGCUUCAGAAAAAGAAAUACAGAGUGCUUGGUAUAAAUGAAUGGCAGAAUACAGGGUUCCAGUAUGAUGUCAUCAGCUGCCUGAACUUGCUGGACCGCUGUGAUCAGCCCCUGACUUUGUUAAAAGAUAUCAGAAGUGUCUUGGAGCCAACUAGAGGCAGGGUCAUCCUGGCCCUGGUCCUCCCCUUUCAUCCCUAUGUGGAAAACGAGGUUUGGAUUUUGACUGCCAAGAAGAGAAGGAAAGUCUGUGAAACAUUGUAUGUACUCAUAACAAUGGCGGCAGUAGGUGGCAAGUGGGAGAAACCAUCAGAAAUUUUGGAAAUCAAGGGACAGAACUGGGAAGAACAAGUGAAUAGUCUGCCUGAAGUUUUCAGAAAAGCCGGUUUUGUUAUCGAAGCUUUCACCAGACUGCCAUACCUGUGUGAAGGUGACAUGUAUAAUGACUACUACGUUCUGGAUGACGCUGUCUUUGUUCUCAAACCAGUAUAAACACGUGGAGGUCGAAGUCUUCAGAGUCCACAUCCUCUGGGAUGUGCCCUUGGAAGAGGGUCUGUGUUCACAAUUAUGUGAAGGGAGGACCCUUGGGGACCGCCAUUCUAAAUAUCAUGUAGGAAUUUAAAAAGCCAAAAUACUAAUUAUUUCUUUGUAGUGUGUAAAGGAAUGUUUUUAAAAGACAAAAACCCAACUCUUUGUGAAUUUUUAUCAACUCUUUACUCAGAGCCACUCUCCAACGCAGGUCACACUCCAAUUAUGAUGGAAGAUAUUUUUUAUACUUAAUUACAGUAGGGACUCAUUCCCAGACAAAGCAAUAGUCACGACUUCAUGGAACCAAUCAAUGGAUUGUUUUUUGAAGACUGGCAAUAAAGCUGUCCAUCCAAUUCCAAAUACUGGUUUUAAGGUAUAGCCGCUGAUAUUCUUUCAUGUUUAGAAUUCUUUCUGUUAUUAUUCAAGAAAAUGUUUUUAAUCAUGCUAAUAAACUUUUUUGGAGAUGACUUUGGCAUCAUGUUUGAAUUAAUAUAAGGCUCCCCUAGCAUUUUUUAUUGGUUUGGCUUCAGGAGUACCAAAUAGUAGCAUUAUGUGAAUGACGCAGAUAAUUUGAAUAGCGGGGAAGGAAGGCUUCAGACUGGGGGGAAGGGGAGAUGAUUGCAAAUUGCAGUGAACACUGAGGCAGUAAAAAAAACAAAAACAAAAACAAAAACCCAGCCUCAUUCAGAUAUAGAACUUCAGGGACCACCUCCACUCCCCAGUUAAUGCUGCUGUGAAAAUGCAAAAUAACCUGGUUCUGACUUUUCAUUGCUCAUGUCCCACACACUGAACUUUUGUUUUUUUCUGGACAAUCUCAGGUUCUCAGAAUUGAAACAUUCAGUUUUGUCUACUGACAAAAUGCAACUAAAAAUGUUUUAAUUCAACUUCUUACUCUACACUUGUAUACCUCUCUCCCAGAGCUUGGCUCUUCCCUGAAAUCCUUAAAGGAGUUUAUUAUUUGCCAAGAAUAUGGUUUGAUGAAGACCGUGUCAGACUCAUGCAUUCUGGAAUCCGUGAGUGCCUCCAACCAUAAACCCAGAAACGCUGCAAUAAGGAACCCAUUAGCAAGAUCAAUAACCAUUGUGGAUAUUCCAAAGAGCAGAGCACUUAACCCAGAAUCUGAAAUCUCAGUAAUAACAGAAAUGUCGAUAUGAGAUUGUGGUUAUUAACAAUAUGUUAUUCUCACAAGUUUAUUUCUUUUUUCAUCCAGGUGUUUCAUUAAGUAUUCUCAUUUAUAUGUUCAUAGAAGUCAUCAGAUCAACACAGUCACUCCAACACCUGGGUAUAAAGGCGAAUUAAAACCUGAAGAAUUACUUUAUUAUUCAUUAAGAACUGCAUUCCCACAUCCUCACACCAAUAUCUUCCACUGUUACUGUGCAGUCAUACUAAGAGUUGGGUUAUGUGAUUUAUGCAAAAUUGUUAUUGGUGUGUUCUAAUGAUUUUUUUCCAGGAAUUCAAAUAAGUGAAGUACAAAUACUUAGCACCAUAGAUUGUAAAAAUAGAAAGAAGAAAUGAGAAAACUUAAUGUCGUUCUUGUACAGCUGAGUUUUGCUUCUUUAUAAACUGUCUGUCAAAAUCAGGGGUUGCUGUUAGACUGUCAAGCAGAAGUGAUGGAUGUUCAAAGAGGCGGGUUGCCCCAGUGUUUUCUAACUUUCAAGGUGAGAAUUUUAUGUUCUAAUAAGAAAAAUACAACUCAACCACCCCCCAAAACAGAGAAAACAUACAUUUAUGCAUUUUAAAGAUAAAAGUAGUUUCUCAAAAAAAAUCAGUAGUUUCUCUGAAAACCAGCUUAUUAAAAGUGCUGUUUUAUGGUGAAAAUUGAAACCAAAUGCACUCACAUUUCGUAUCGGGUCUUGAAAUUCUUGGUGGUGUGUCACCAUUCCACUAGAUGGCAGUGUUGCUUACUGAGUGUCAAUGGCUUUUUUCCCCCUAAAUGGAAUCAUGUUUUUCUCCCCACAAAGUACAAUAAAGCUGCCUUGUCUGCACCA